AUAAAUAUUUCAAAACCAACUCUUUCCUACCUCUCCUUGAUCCUAACUAAAGCUAUAGUACUAUAUCAAGAAUCUCAAGCAAUUAAAAGGGAUUAUUUGGAAAAAAACACCAAACCAAAAAGGUACAUGUUUGCUACUAGAAAUAAUUCAAUGGCAUAUUCUUUGGUUUCUCCAAACACCUUUGCUCUCAAGCUAAAACUACAUUGCAAGGAUUGUGAAAGAAAAGUGAGAAACCUGCUGCUAAAAAUCCAAGGUGUCCAUUCCGUGAAAAUUGAUGAAAAGCUUGGAAAUGUAGUCAUUUCAGGCACAGUUGAUCCUGCAACAAUUCUAACCAUAUUAGAAAAACUUGGUAGAAAAGCAGAAAUUCUGUGGGAGCAAGGAACUCCUGUAAACAACAGCGCGAAAAAUGUUCAGAUCAUCACACAAUCAGAAAUGAUUAAUCCGCUGAAUGAUCCGGACAUUAUGACACAACUAGAGCCAUUGUCUGGAAUUCCAGGAUUGAAAACUGUGGAGGUUAUAAAAACCAUUAAGUUGACUUUCCAAGAAGAAAGAAAUGACCCUGGUAAUACAGACAACAACAAAUCCAAUGUAAUCCCACUAGUCGGAUACCCUGCUAAUAAAAUCUUGGAAAUUAGUAACACCAAAAAUGUGAACAGACCUCAUCGUCAUGUGCUUCCACAUGAUCAUUAUUCCGAUGGUGGUGGAUUUUGUGCUGCUUCUUCGUCGUGCUGUGGUGGUCAUGCUGCUAUAAAUCUUAGCCAUAACCUUUAUGGAUGUGGCCAAUAUGGUGGUAAUACUAGUGUUGGUUCUUGUUGGGGAAAUAGCAGAAACUGUUGUUGCCAGCCCCCAAUGGGAAAUUGGGGUAGGGCGUGGCCACCCAAUUCGCAACUCCCACCUGUGACAACACCACCAUGGUCAAAUGAUACUAUUGCCUCGGCGCCUCCUUUGCCAUCUGAUUAUUAUCGGGCAUCAUUACCACCACCACCGCCACCACCACCACCAUUUUCGCCAAUACCUCACACUUACUAUAGUGCCUUAAGUGAUGAGAAUGUCAAUGGCUGCAUAAUCCAGUGAUUUGCUGCCAUAUAUAAAUGUGUGUGUGUGUUCUAUAUCAAUCUGCGGUUAAGAUACCUUUGUUACAAAAAAAAAAAAAAAAAAAAAAAAAAAAAGGUUGGGGAAUACAGAAAAGUAGUACUCCAAAUAGUUCAUUUAAAAUCUGUGACGUGAUAUACCUAUACUUCUAUUAGUCAACUGCUCUUGUAACUACUUUGUAAAGUUUUGCUCAUCAUUGUGUGAGUAUUCUUCUUUUCUAGAA